CCAUGUCUGCGUCCACAAGCCGACCGUCGACACCUACCUGCGGUUGUACUGAAGACAAUCAAUCUACGCCACCUCUGCCGUCCCCACACUGCGUGUGCCCCCGAGAUGAGCUCGACAUCGUGAUUCACGAGGAACAUUGUCUCAUGUACAAACAUGAGACUUUAAUUUAUCCACACGAGCCAGAAGGGUGCGAGUGCGUGACGCCGCAGUUCGAAGGCGGCUUGUGCAAGUGCUGCAGCUGCCCUCCGGAGCAAUGCCACUGCAGGAAGGCGGGCAGGGAGGCGGUCGAUGAAUGGCGCAGGAACCGCGACGUGGGCGCCAUGCCAGCUGUGCUGGAGUCCACACACCCCCUCAUGCAGAAGUUCCAGGCCUCGCUCAAGCAGUUCCUCGAGAAGGAGAACGCUAUCGCGGCCGAAGAGAUACUGGAGCUGAAAGACAAGCUCCGCCUGAGUAAGUUGGCGUAUGAUAAAGACUUGGAAAACAUCUACAGAAGCGACCACGAUACUAAUGCGCAAAGGGCCCUGAUAGAAGAGUACGAGGCAACUCUCACCAAGAACAGGGAGCUCCGGAUGGCAGCUGAGAAGCGUGCACAGGACUCCGCCGAGACCUACAAGCGGGCUAAGGAGAAGCUGGAACAGAACAUGAUCGCAGAACGAGAAGCGAUCGAAGAAAUGGAGGCGCUUACUUCGCUCUGCAGACAGCUUGAAGCGUGGCGUGAGGAGACGGAGUCAGAACUCACUGUCAACCAGCGAAUGUCUGACAAGAUGAGAGCUGAGAAGAAGGCGAUGGCCGACGAGAAAAGAGAGCUGGACAUGGUGAUCUACGGACUAAGCAACGAGGUCUGGAAGCUGGAGUCCAAGCUGGAGAUGUUCAAAAAGCAGUUCGAGAUCAAGAACAACGAGAUGGAAAUAGUUAAUGACAGGGUGACAGCAUACUCGACGGAGCUGGAAGACCUGGAGCUGGACAAGCGGCGCCUGGUGAGCCUCUGGAACUCCGUGCUCGUCAACAUCUCGCAACGGGACAAGGUGUUCGACUCCGUGCGGGACGACUACAACACCCUGAAGGAGAGCUACCGCACACUCCUGAACAAUCUGGAGAUCACGAAGAAGGUCACGAUGGAAUCGAUGGAGAAGAGUGCUGAGCUGGCUAUGAACAAAGACAAGCUGAUGUAUGAUAUCGGCGCCAUUACCAAGCUCGUGGACGGGGAGGAGGCAAAGCGCCUGGCUUAUGAGACGCAGAUACAAGAACUCACCGAAUCCAUCGAGAUGACCGAAAGGGACCAGGAGCUUAUCCAAAUGGAAAACAAAACAUUGCAAAAUAUGCUGACGACUACAGAGAAGGACUUCGACCACAAGACGGAGAUGAGGCUCAAGCUGGAGACGGAGAUCCUGCAGAACAUACAGGACUGUCUGCUCAACGACAAGGCCGUGGAAGCCAUGGCCAAAGGCAUCAAGAAGAUGAGAGAGAUGUCCAGGAAACAGGAAAUAGGUCUAGUAGGUAUGGAGAACGCUCACGCCAAGGUGAUGCUGGACAUCGAGGUGUACCGCAGCCUGAGCGCGCGCAACAAGAAGGUGCUGGAGGAGGUGGAGGGGAAGGUGCGAGAGCGGGAGAGGGAGAUCGAGCGGCUGGAGGAGAAGUAUGACCUGAAGACAAUGGACCAGACAAGAAAACAGAGAGAACUCGACAUUGUCACCAAGAAAUACCUCGCUUUGAAGGCGAUAUUUGACAGUAAAUCCCCUCAAGAGCGUCGUAUAGAAGAGCUGGAGAUGCAGAUCAGGACGCUGCGCGAGCGCACGGAGGGCAUGCAGCACGAGUGGCUGCGGCUGCAGAGCAACGUGGUCAAGCUGUCGCAGCAGCACCAGAAGGUGGUGGCCGACGUCAACCUCAUCAACAAGCAAAUCCAAAUCUGCGAUCAAAAAUCCAUGCGCAUCCAAGCGGACAUCGAGACCGUGGCCGCGGAGCGCGCAAGCGUAGAUCGCUCGCUACGGGAGCUGCGCGGGCGACUAGUCGUGUUGGAGAGAGAGAGAAAGGACGCUGGAGAGAGAGGGGAAGUGUUGAAGCUUGAACACGCUUCACUGGCUGUAGAAUACAAGGCCAAGCUCAAGGACGCGGAAGCGGAAGUGUUCGAAUUGGAGGAGUCUAUAGAGACCAUGGACAAGGAGAAGAUCAACCUUACGCAGAGCCUCGACCGCGUGCAGCGGGAAGCGCUCAUUUGGCAGCGGAAGGGUAUUAUGGCUGUUGAACUGAAGAAAAACAUGCAAAACGCCAAGUCUGCGGCCGGUGAAAUCGGUCAAAUGAGGAUCGAGAUUCACAGGAUGGAAGUCCGCCGUGACCAACUCCGCCGCACCGCCGAGAAGCUGUCCGAUGACCUGGCGUUGUUGGUCACCCGUCGCGAGACCGCCAUGGAUAAGAGCCGCUCGCAGGCUGCCAUUGAGGCCGCCCACGGGACCCACGGGACCACGUCACAGACGCAGUAUCAUCAUAAACUGAGGCUGGCGAGGGCUGAUGUACAACGAGUCACCAAGGACUUAGCAGAGGCGAAUGCAAAAAUGAAGAGCCUUCAACAAGAACAAGCGAGGUUGGAGAAAGAGACAAAAGAAACCAGCGCUCUCAACGCGCAGCUCGAGGAGCAAGUUGCCGCGUUGCUGCGCGACUGUCGCGCGGCAGAGCGGGACAAGCAGUGGCUCCUGGAGCGUGUGGUGCGCGCUCAGCGGCUCGGCGCCGAGUUGGGGACGGCAGUGAAACGGCAGUCGCUGCGAGUCAAGAAACCUAAAGCCACCGUGCUGGCUGAGUAUAAGCAGGCUACUGCGCUGAAUGAACGCAUCGGGUCCAUAGUAGCCAAGCUCGGUCGCGAAUACCCACAUCUAGAAGACAGGCUGGAGAUCAUCUCCAACACGCUGAAUAUCUUCGAGCCGAGCGAGAUGCCACGAUUGUGCGACGAGGGAGGUGAUUGUAUCACUAGCGAGCUGGAGGCGAGCGACGUCGCUGAGAAACCACUGUGCCCUUAACGACA